GCCGGAGGGGCCACCGUGUCCGUGUCGCCGUUUACUUCAUUUAAUAUAUGAAAUUGCUGCAAGUCUCCCUAUCGCCUCCCUAUCCGCCUGCUGGCCUGCGCACCGCCGAGGAGUUUCCGGCAUUUCAGAGACGACUUCGCCGGCCGACGUUGCGGUACUGGUGUGGUUCCUCAGCGCUCGGCCUUUGUUGUUUCGUCUCUUGAUUCUCUCAUCUAGGUUCAGAGGAAAUUGUGUUUGACUGAGCUAAGCAACAUACAGAGAAUAUCAUUAUGAGUUGCUUCUCUAUCUUUUUUCGAAGGAUAAAUUUUGACCAUCAAAGUAAUAAGCAUAAUCAUGAUAUUCCAGAAAUUAAAAAUCUAAAGAUCAUCACAUACAAGGAGUUGAAAAAUGCAACUGGCUGUUUUAGCCAUGCCAAUAAGGUUGGUGAGGGAGGUUUUGGACCUGUGUACAAGGGAAGGCUUAAAAAUGGGAAAAAUGUUGCUGUAAAGGUCCUAUCUUCUGAAUCAAAACAAGGAGUACGGGAAUUCUUGACCGAACUUAGUGUGAUCUCUGAUAUUGAACAUGAAAAUCUUGCUAGUUUGUAUGGUUGCUGCAUUGAAGGAGAUCACAGAAUACUUGUUUACCCUUAUCUUGAGAAUAAUAGCCUUGCACAAACCCUUCUCGGUUCCAGAUAUAAUGAUAUCCGAUUUGAUUGGAGAACCAGAGUGAAAAUUUGUGUUGGUGUUGCUCGUGGACUGGCAUUUCUACAUGAGCAAGUGCAACCUCCUAUAGUUCAUAGGGACAUCAAAGCAAGCAAUAUUCUUCUUGCUGAGGAUCUUACGCCAAAGAUCUCUGAUUUUGGUUUAGCAAAACUUCUUCCACCAAAUACAACCCAUGUCAGCACUCGAGUUGCUGGAACAAUAGGUUACUUAGCUCCCGAAUAUGCAAUAAGAGGGCAAGUGACAAGGAAGUCAGAUGUGUACAGCUACGGUGUGCUACUAUUGGAAAUAGUUACCGGCAGGUGUAACACAAAUACAAGGUUGCCCUCUGAAGAUCAAUUUCUACUUGAACGGACAUGGGCCUUGUACGAGCGUGGUGAGCUUGAAAGCAUCGUAGACACUUACUUAGCUGAUGAUCUAGACAUGAAACAAGCAUACAAUUUUUUGAAGAUUGGGCUUCUGUGCACACAAGAUGUUGCGAAGCUUCGUCCUACGAUGUCCACUGUUGUGAGGUUGCUGACUUCUGAGAUCGACAUCAACUCACAAAAGAUCACAAAGCCUGGUCUUAUCAGCGAUUUCUUCGACCUUAGUGUGGAAGGCCAGAAGAAGGCUGGCUCCCGAUUUCCCUUCCAAGUAUCCUCGUGUCAUGACUCUGGUCCUGAAACUUCACCAUUGUCAUCAGAAAACACAACCCAUAAAUCUACUUUUACAGGAAUAUCAGAUUGAAGCUGAGUCGAUAAAGGGUCCACUUCAGGGUAUAUAUAACUUCAGGUCAUGUGUAGUUAAAUUUUUACACAUUCUUUUUGUGAGAAAAUAUUUGCCAUUUUUUUUUGUCUUGUGUAUAUAUUCAUUUGGAACAUGCUAAUGUAGAUCUUGGUGUUUGCUUAAUCAGAAGAGGUGUUUGGAAA